AUGAGGCAGGGAGUUGAAAGUCCUGAAGACUGAAGAUUAUCACCAAAGCCAGACUAACUUGUGGCCACAGGGCAGAGCUGUUGUCCUGGUGUGAUACUGGAGGGGAAAUGUUACCAGUUCUUUAGAGAGCCAAAGAGAGCUGAAGAUGCGAUAUAUUUAGGCUACAUAUUCUCCACUUCUUUCUGUCAGAAACAUUUCCCCGGCGGCCACCUGGCCUCCAUCACGAGCCGACACGUCCACAGAGAGGUGAUGAACAUGAUGCUGCGGCAGAGUGGGGCGUGCACGAGCACCUGGAUUGGCGGGCUGCGAUAUCUGGAGACCGGUCGCUUUAUCUGGUUGGAUGGAUCCCACUGGAGCUACGCUGAUUGGCUGUCAGGGGAUCCCCAUAACCCAGCGCACGUGGAGGACUGUGUGGAGCUGCUUCCUUUAGGAAAUGGAAAAUUUAAUGACUUCACAUGUUGGGAACCUCAGGCCUUCAUCUGCUGCUACCCUUCUCUGCAGAGAGCUCCUUUUAUAUCUGCUUAUAUCUCUGAUUUGAUGUAG